AUGAGGCAUGAGAUAUCAUUAUUUCUGUUACUAUUGUUUCCCGCUAUCAUUGCAUUUCGAUCUUUGAAAAUCGAACGAAAACAAAGCAUUGCAGUAAAAGGUGUACUGAUGUGUAACAAUGAACCUGCCGUUAACGUUAAAGUGAAACUUUAUAACCAUGGCCAAGGUCGAUACGUAAAGGAUUUUAUGGAUGAGGGAACAACGAAUAGUGAGGGUCAUUUCGUACUCAAAGGUCAUGAGAUAUCAAUUAUAGACAUUAAGCCGGUGCUGGAGUUAUACCAUGAUUGUGGUGAUGAAAAUUCUGCGAAUGGAUUAGUUUUUUUUCCAUGGUGUUUGAAGAAAUUCUCAAUAUUAAUACCAAAUGGUUUCGUUAGCGAAGGUUCAGAACCAAAGAAUACAUUCGAUACGGGCACAUUAAAUUUAGCAAGCAAAUUUUUCGACGAAGGAAGAAAAUGUGUCAAUUAA